AUGAGGGCUCCUGAUUGGCUGUUGGUUCUGGCGAUCCUGCCGCUCGCCUCCCUUGCCGUCCCUCCGGACAUCUGCAGCGCCAAACCCAAAGACCUGGGCCUGGAGCCGCGCUGCAUCUACCGCAGCCCGGAGCCAGAGGGCCCCACGGUGGCCCCCCCCGAGGCCAUCCCCGACGCCACCAACCCCCGCGUGUGGGAGCUGUCCAAGGCCAACGGGCGCUUCGCCCUGGCACUCUACAAACAGCUGGCGCUCAGUAAGACCCCCGACACCAACAUCUUCAUGUCCCCCAUCAGCAUCUCCACCGCCUUCGCCAUGACCAAGCUGGGAGCCUGCAACCGCACGCUGCAGCAGAUCAUGCAGGUGUUUCAGUUCGACACCAUCAAAGAGAAGACGUCGGAUCAGGUCCACUUCUUCUUCGCCAAACUCAACUGCCGUCUGUACCGGAAGAAGGACGCGACCACGUCGCUGAUCUCGGCCAACCGGCUGUUUGGAGACAAGUCUCUGGUCUUCAGCGAGACGUACCAGAACAUCAGCGAGACGGUGUACGGCGCCAAGCUGCUGCCGCUCAACUUCAGGGAGAACCCGGAUGCGGCCCGCGUCACCAUCAACAACUGGAUCUCCAACAAGACCGAAAACCUGAUCCAGGAAACGCUGCCGGUCGGAUCGCUGGACUCCACCACGAUGCUGGUCCUCGUCAACACCAUCUACUUCAAGGGCCAGUGGAAGAAGAAGUUUGACCCAGACCUGGUGUACCAGUCUGAGUUUGCGGUGAGCAGCGAGCGGCGCUGCCCGGUCCACAUGAUGUACCAGGAGGCCCGCUUCAGGUACCGGUCCCUCCCCGAGGACCAGGUCCAGCUGCUGGAGCUGCCCUACCGCGGAGACGCCAUCACCAUGGUGAUCAUCCUGCCCGCCAAAGACACCACGCUCGCCCAGGUGGAGGAGAGUCUGGACCUGACCAAACUGACCCGAUGGAUGGAUGAGAUGAAGGAGACGACUGUCUCUGUGUCUGUCCCCCGGUUCAGGGUGGAGGACUCCUUCAGUCUGAAGGAGAAGCUGCAGAACAUGGGCCUCACGGACCUGUUCAGCCCCGAGCACGCCAGCCUGCCAGGGUUGUUGGAGGACGGCAGUGAUGUUCUUCACAUCUCCGAUGCUUUCCAUAAAGCUUUCCUGGAGGUGAACGAGGAGGGCAGCGAGGCGGCAGCAGCCACCGCCGUGGUAGCCGUGGGGCGCUCCCUGAACCUGUUCCGGGAGAUCUUCCUCGCCGAUCGGCCCUUCCUGCUGCUCAUCAGAGAGUCCAGCAUCAACGCACUGCUGUUCACCGCCAGGGUGGCCGACCCCUGCAGCCAAUAACCUAACCCUGCAGGACUGAUGUCCAGCAUCAGACCGAGUCCACUACAAGUUCUGUUGUUGCUGC